AUGAUGGUCAAUGAAUUUUCUAGAAUAGAUGACCCAAAAAUCGCCGUGAAACCAUCGCCGGCAAAAACUUUUGGCUUGUGCAGGCUUUACUUCAAGGGUAUGGUUAAUGAGGACUCAUUCGGCGGACUUGGGAUUGCAAUUUGUGGGGAGAAAGGUGUUGUCUUGUUUCAGAUGAAGACACCAAUUUUUGGCUCCGGCGUUACUGAGUUGGAAGCUGAGCUUAGAGCAUUGAAGCAAGGACUAACCGAAGCCGUGGGCUUGGGGAUAACUCAUAUCUCCAUAUACUGCGAUUAUGAUAUCAGAUAUGCGUAUACACUAGCUAGAGAAACAACCGUUUAUGAAACAAGGAUUAGGAUACAAGUGGAUCUUCCUCCCCUAGCCAAGUCUACCCAGAAAACGACUUGCAUUAUAUGUUUAGAUGAAGAUAUCAACGCUGAUCAAAUGUUUUAUGUUGAUAAAUGCCGUCAUCGGUUUUGUACCGAGUGUGUGAGACGACAUAUAGAAGUAGGCUACUGGAGCAAGGUAUUGUGA